GAAGGGAGAGAAAACAAGAAAAGAAGUCGGAGAUACUGCAGCAAAAGCAACAUAGAGGAAAGAACGGACGCCGAACAGAUCAAUAGAGCGCAGUAGAAAACCAGGGAAGCAGAGACGCGUCUAGAGAGAAAUCAACAGCGGACUGAGAUGCGUCUGGUACGAGGAGACGUCACAGAGACGGAGGAAGAAGACAGAGACUCGGGGGUGGUCUCGUGCAAAGAGGAAGAAGCCCUGCCAAUAAGAGGAGACAUAAGGAAGAGGAGUUGAGAAGAGAUGGUUUCGGGAAGAAGAUUGGGCUGAGGCUUUUGGCGGUUUGCAAGAAGAGGACCUGAUUUUCUCUCUUCUGUUCUGAUUGCCGGGAGGAGAGGAGCGCGAGACAGGGACUAAGCGAGAGCAGAUAUGACACUAGAGAAACCGAGGCAGAGUAAUUAGGAAAAUUUUGUCACUUUAAGGUACAAAAAAGGGAAUAUUUCAAGUCUUAUGGGAUUGAGGCUGAGGAACCGAGAGGUGAGGCCUAUUCGAUGAAGAAAAGCUGAAGAAAUUGGAGGAGAAUUAGAGAGACUGAGAACAGAAGAAACAGGGGAAGAGAAGAGGAAGAUAUUCUGUGGUUUCUGGGAAGAGAGGCCAAUGGAGGGGAUUUGGUGAUUGGAAAAGCUGACUCUUGUUUUUGUUGACACUCAUCGAUACAAGGAUUUGUCAAAUUUAAAGGGACCUCUAUGAAUGCCUCGCAUUCAUUGAUGUUGUUGAAGAACGCAACAUCUAUCUCAAAAGAUGCGGCUGAAAACAGUAAAGCCCUGCGCCUUCUCUCUUCUUUGUUCUCGCAUUGCCAACAAAAUCCUUCAGCAGAACAAAAACCAGACACCAUGGCUGAAAAACAAAGAAGCUGUCAUUUGGGUCCUAAUGAAUUCGAAUUCCAUGUCAAGCGCUUGUGUAGAUCAGGUAGGCUCAGCCUUAAUACUGGGCAAUCUUAUUUUGAUAAAUUGGUCCAAACAAAACCCGUGCCUUUGAUUAGCACAUUUAAUCUGCUACUCAGUUCAGUUUCCAAGCUUAAAGCUUAUUCAAUUGUGUUAUUGAUGUAUGAGAAGUUGAGUUAUGAAGGAAUUAAGCCUGAUCUCUACACGUUAAACAUUUUGCUGGAAUGUUCUUGUCAUUUGAAGCAAAUAAAUUAUGGGUUUGGCAUUUUUGCUGAGAUUAUGAAAAGGGGUUUUGAGCCAGAUAUAAUUGCAGUUACUACUUUGUUGAAGGCCAUGUGUGUGGAGGGUAGGGUUUUUGAUGCAGUUCAAAUAUUUGAUAAGAUGAGUGAGAAUGGGUUUCAAGGGGAUGCAGUUUUAUAUGGGAUUCUGAUGGGUGGUCUUUGUAAAAUUCGAGAGACCCAUUUUGCUAUGGAGUUGCAUAGGAAGAUGAUGCACAAGGGUUGUGAGGCAAAUGUUCUCACGUAUAGUAUGCUUAUUGAUUCACUUUGCAAGGAUGAGUUGAUUGAUGAAGCCAUGGAUAUGUUCUUGGAAAUGACAAGUAGAGGCAUAUAUCCUGAUGUUGUUGUCUAUAGUUCAUUGAUUAAUGGACUGCACCGACUGGGUCGGUUGAAGGAAGCUGUUGAACUUUUCAAUGAAAUGGUUGGAGGAGGGAUUUUGCCAGAUAAAGUUACAUACAAUUCUAUGAUUCAUGGAUUUUGCCAAGCAGGGAUGUGGAAGGAGGUUACAAGGCUGUUCAAGAAAAUGAUGGGAGAAGGAAUUUCCCCUGAUGUAGUGACAUUCACAAUUUUGAUAGACGGCCUUUGCAAAGAGGGAAAGAUAGCAGAAGCUCGUGAGAUGUUUGGGGUGAUGGUUCAGCAUGGUAAGAAACCUCAACUUUAUACAUAUAAUUCGUUUCUGAAUGGGUUAUGUCAGGCAGGUCUGCUUGAUGAUGCAACAAAAUUUUUUAAAUGGAUGGGGGAUAUACAUCUUGAGCUAGACGUGGUUAGCUAUAACAUAAUGAUUAAUGGCUAUUGCAAGAGAUGGAAGAUUGAUGAUGCUAUGCAGGUUUUUCGAGAAAUGGCCUGCAAGGGAUUGAAGCCCAAUAUUUUGACUUACAAUAGGCUUAUAGGUGCCCUUUGCCGGGCUCGGAGAGUGAAAAUUGCACAAAAAAUGUUUAGUGAAAUGUAUAGCCAUGGUAUAUCUCCGGAAUUGUCUACAUAUACAAUCCUUUUGGAUGGACUUUGCAAGAAUGGCCAGAUUAAUGAGGCAAUGGAUCUGUUUCAAACCCUUGAAAAUGCCAAUUUCAGUCCAAGUAUUGAGGUUUUUAGCAUACUUAUUGAUGGAUUGUUUAGAAUAGGUAGAUUAAAAGAAGCAAGGGAGAAGUUCCAUGAAAUCUCAAUCAAAGGAUUGGCCCCUGAUGUUGUAACCUAUAACAUAAUGAUCAAUGGCCUCUGCAAGGAAGGGUUAUCAUUAGAGGCUGUAGAGAUGCUAGAUGAAAUGGAAGAAAAGGGUUGCUUACCCGACUCUGUUUCAUUUAAUAUAAUUAUUCAAAGUUUCCUUCAAGCAAAUAAGGUCCAUGAGGCAACACAGCUUCUGGAGAAAAUGCGCAAGAGGAAUUUGAUACCCAAUGAAGCUGUCACUGCCUUGUUAUUAGACCUGGUCUUGGUGGAUGACAAGUGCCGUGAAGCCAUCCAAUCACUUCCAAAUGUUGUUCAAAAGUGUUAGUUGAAGUUUAUCCUCUCUCUCCUCUCCUGUUUAUCAUUGUCAUGUGGCUACUAGAACAAGGCAGGGAGAAGAAUCUGUUAAGAGGCAUUAUUACUGGCAACAACAGAAAACAACUUGAAAUCUCUCAUUUGUUCUUCGCUGAUGACAUACAGAUCUUUUGUCAGCCUGAAAUCCCUAUGUUGAUCUGAGGUGUAUUUUAUUAUGCUUUCAAACAAUUUCAGAAUUAAAAAUAAAUAUGUAUAAAUUUGAAUUAGUGAGAAUUGGCAAGGCCGGUGUUGGGAGUUCUCUUGCUCGGGUUAUGAGGUGUAAAUCUGCUCAAUUACCUAUUAAAUAUCUUGGUCUUCCACUAGGCGCUAAGUACAAGGAUGGGAGAAGCUGAGAACCUGCGAUUGAGUUGUUUGAGAAAAGAUUUGCUGGUUGGAAAAGAAGAUUUUUUUUAAAGGAGGUAGAUUGACAUUGAUUAAAAACACUCUUUCUGACCUUCCUGUCUACCAUUUGUUGGUGCUUACAAUUCCUGCCAAAGUGGCUAAGAAACUGGAAGCCAUUCAAUACAGGUUUCUUUGGGGCGAGAAUAAGGAUAAGAGGAGAUAUCAUUUGGUUAAAUGGGAGGAGGUGAAGUGUCCUAUAGAGCUUGGGGACCUUGGUUUGGGAUCAUUGCUUGAUUUGAACAGAACUUUACUAGGCAAAUGGAUCUGGAGAUAUUGGGUUAGGAAAGACAGUCUAUGGAAAAAGAUCAUUAAGGUCAAAUGGGGUGGGGGAAGCGGAGUCGAUAUUUCUGGCAAGACUUUGGAGAAUAGGAAUCAUGGAAUGGGUUUUUGGAAGAGCAUUAUGCAGCAACAGAACAGUGCUCUCGAUUUUACAAAGUGGGAGAUUGGCAAGGGCAACAAGAUCCGUUUCUGGCAAGACAAAUUGUGUGGAAAUGAAAGUUUAAUGUCCAGGUUUCCCCUGAUCUUUGUUAUUGCACAAAAAAAAGAAUAUGUUUGUAAACGAGGCAUGUGGGGGAGAUAAUAACAGGGAAUGGCUGUUUAUGUGUUCAGAAACCUACAGGAUUGGCAAGUAAAUGAAUAUGAAGAUCUCCUAGAGCUUCUAGCCAAUGCCUGCCUCAAUAAUAAUUCAGACAAGCUCAUCUGGGACCUAAAGAAAAAUGGAAAAUUCUCUGUUAGUUCUUUCUAUAAGCAUUUGGCUGGCUGUAGAGAAAAUGGAGCAGUCAUUUUUUCAACUAAAAUGCUUUAGUCUAAAGCACCACCUCAUAUUUCUUUUUUUGCAUGGGAAGCAGUAAAGGAGCAUAUUCUGAUUAUAGACAAUUUAAUGAAAAGGGGGAAGACUAUGGUCAACAGAUGCUUCUUGUGUAAAAACGACGCCGAGACCAGCAAUCACAUGCUGCUUUGGUGUCUGUUUGCUUACAGCCUUUUGAGCUUAUUUUAUGACCUUAUGGGUAUCAUUUAAUCUAAUGUUGGUCUGAUAUGCUCUUUAUUGAUAUGACACUCUUUAAUCUGAUGUUGAGUAUUACCACAUCUGAAGCAUCCAUUUGUCAACUUAUAGUAGGGUCUACUACCACAGUUCUUUCUACAAUGGGGACAUAUCUGUUCUGGCCCUUGUGCUGGGACUAAUAGAUCCAUUUUCUGCCUUUUAUCAGGUUUUUGUGGCUCGUAAACCUUCUUAUUGUUUGGUAUGAAUAGUCAAACUUGCUGGAUCUGUUGUGGGACUGGGCUUGUAGUCACUUCUGUAAUCUGAGCUCGUUCCAAUGCUUCUUGAUAGUUAUUAAUUUUUAGAAUGGAGAUUGCUGAAGUGAUAAAUGUGUACUCAUACAUAAUCGUUUCAUGUUUUGGUGUAUGAGAAAACAGUCUUAUCUACGUACCCUAACCCAUUCCGUGUUUAGGGGUAGCAAUAUUUUAAGAUAUUCAUGUAUAUCAUUCCGUGUUCUGAUACAUAAGAAACUAGUGAUAAGUAUUUGUGCAUACACAUAAUGUAUGGUAAAUGAUUGAUUAUCCAUAAUAAUAACGAAGUAUACAGCAUGUA